AUGAUGUGCUUAACAAUUCUGAGACUAAGUCUGGUGAUUCUGGCUGGGUGGGCAUUCAGUGCCACCAAUUCUGAGCUGGACUGGACACGCAAGAAAUCCUUAGCUCAGAGGGGAUAUCUGGAUCAGGUGCUAUUGGAAGGGGAACGCUGUUGGCUGGGAGCCAAGGUUCAAAGACCGAGAGCUGCUCCCCAGAAUCACCUCUUUGGGGUCUACCCCAGCCAGUCUGGGAAGUACCUGAGGCCCUACCCUGGGGGGGAACAGGGAACCCACCAAGCAGGACAUGGUAAGCCAGACACAGAGGAAAAUGCUGUGAGCCAUGUUCUCCAAGACUCGACUGAAAGCGCAGUGAGGAGUGAGGUUGAGCAGCUGGCUGUCCCGUGGGUAGGGGGUGGUCCUAUUGGGCAAUCUGAGCUGCUGGGAGAUGAUGACACUUAUCUUGGUGGUCGAGGAUCCAAGGAAUCUCUAGGUGAGGCUGAGAUUAAGGGAAGUGCUGCCACUGCUGCCACCGUCACCACCACCUUCGCACGCCUGAAGAAACCCAAACCAGACAUCGAAAGCAAGGGCCGGGUCAAGACCAGGCAUCCCCGGCAAGUGGUGAAGAGUCGGGCAGAGGAUAUGCAGGAAGCCUCUGAUUCAAUCCCUCCUCGUCGUUUCCACCCUUGGCCUAAGCAUUCCCUUAUGCAUGGGGCCAAAAAGCGUCCGUUGGAGAACAGCACCCAAAACAGCGGAGGUGACCCUCACUGGGAAGGAGAGACCUUUGGUCCCCCAGGAGCAUUGCCUGUCUUGUACUUCUCGGGGAGGCGGGAGCGACUGCUGCUGCGUCCAGAAGUGCUGGCCGAGAUUCCCCGGGAGGCGUUCACAGUGGAAGCCUGGGUUAAACCGGAGGGAGGACAGAACAACCCAGCCAUCAUCGCAGGUGUGUUUGAUAAAUGCUCCCACACUGUCAGUGACAAGGGCUGGGCCCUGGGGAUCCGCUCAGGGAAGGACAAGGGAAGGCAAGAUGCUCGCUUUUUCUUCUCCCUCCGCACCGACCGAGUGAAGAAGGCCACUGUCGUGACUGGCCACAGUCGUUACCGACCAGGCGUGUGGACACAUGUGGCAGCCACUUAUGAUGGGCAGCGAAUGGCUCUGUAUGUGGAUGGAACUCAGGUGGCCAGUCACCCAGGCCAGUCUGGUCCCCUGCACAGCCCCUUCAUGGCUUCCUGCCGCUCUUUGCUCCUGGGGGGUGAUAACUCUGAGGAAGAACACUAUUUCCGUGGACACCUGGGCACACUGGUCUUCUGGUCCAGGGCUCUAUCACAAAGCCAACUGCAGCACAGUCCAAAGCAUCCAAGUGGGGUGGAGUUAACUUCCCUGUUACUGACAGCCAGUUUUGAGCCCCUGGAAGAACAGUGGGCACCCUUUCGAGAUGGGAAGUGCCCACGGCUUGAGGUUCUCCAGGGCUAUGAGCCAGAGCCUGAAAUUCUGUCGCCUUUGCUACCCCCAUUCUGUGGGCAAACGGCUUGUGACAAUGUAGAGCUGAUCUCCCAAUACAAUAGGCACUGGUCUCUUCGGGGAGAGAAGGUGAUACGCUACCGAGUGGUGAACAUCUGUGAUGACGAGGGUCUGAACCCCACUGUGAGCGAGGAGCAGAUUGAGAGGCAGCAUAAGGUGCUGAAUGAAGCCUUCAGCCACUACAACAUCAGCUGGCAGCUGAGCGUCCACCGGGUCCACAACUCCACCCUGCGCCACCGGGUUGUGCUUGUGAAUUGUGAGCCCAGCAAGAUUGGCAAUGACCAUUGUGACCCUGAGUGUGAGCACCCCCUCACGGGCUAUGAUGGGGGUGACUGCCGCCUACAGGGCCGCUGCUUCUCCUGGAAUCGCAGGGAUGGGCUCUGCCACAUGGAGUGCAACAACAUGCUGAACGAUUUUGACGAUGGUGACUGCUGCGACCCCGAGGUGGCUGAUGUGCUCAAGACCUGCUUUGACCCUGACUCUCUCAAGAGGGCAUACAUGAGUGUGAAGGAGCUGAAGGAGGCCCUGCAGCUCAACAGCACCCACUUUCUCAAUGUCUACUUUGCCAGCUCAGUACGGGAAGACCUUGCAGGAGCUGCCACCUGGCCUUGGGACAAGGAAGCCACCAGUCACCUGGGUGGCGUUGUCCUCAACCCCUCCUAUUAUGGCAUGCCUGGCCAUACCAACAUCAUGAUCCAUGAGGUGGGGCAUGUCUUGGGACUCUACCAUGUCUUUAAGGGGGUCAGUGAGAGAGAAUCCUGCGAUGACCCCUGCAGAGAGACGGUGCCAUCCAUGGAUACAGGAGACCUCUGUGCUGACACAGCCCCAACUCCCAAGAGUAAGCUGUGCAAGGACCCGGAGCCUGCUAAUGACACCUGUGGCUUCACCCACUUUCCAGGGGCACCAUUCAACAACUACAUGAGCUAUACAGAUGAUGACUGUACUGACAGCUUCACCCCCAACCAAGUGGCCCGAAUGCAUUGCUAUUUGGACCUUGUGUAUGAGCAAUGGAGUCAAAGUGAAAAGCCCACCCCCAUCCCCAUCCCACCCGUGGUCAUUGGGCAGACCCACGAGUCCCUCACAAUCCACUGGCUGCCUGCAAUCAGCGGAGUUGUGUACGACAGGGACCCAGGCAGCCUGUGUGGAGCCUGCAUGGAAGACGGGACUUUUCGUCAGUACGUACACACAGCUUCCUCCCAGCGGGUGUGUGACUCCUCAGGCUACUGGACCCCAGAGGAAGCUGUGGGGCCUCCAGACGUGGAUCAGCCAUGUGAGCCGAGCUUGCAGGCCUGGAGCCCCGAGCUGCACCUGUACCAUAUGAACAUGACUGUCCCCUGCCCAACAGAUGGCUGUAGCCUGGAGCUGCUCUUCCAGCACCCGGUCCUUGCUGACACCCUCACCCUGUGGGUCACCUACCUCUCCUCGGACUCCUCCCAGGCAUUCUUUGACGUAGAGAUCUUGCUGGAGCACCAGGAGUCUGUGCACCUGGGACCCUUAGACACUUUCUGUGACACUCCACUCACUGUCAAGCUUCAUGUUGAUGGGAAAGUCUUGGGGGUAAAAGUCUACACCUUCGAUGAGCGGAUGGAGAUUGAUGCAGCUCUCCUGACUUCCCAGCCACGCAGUCCUCUGUGCUCUGGCUGCAGACCUGUGAGGUAUCGGGUUCUCCGCCAGCCCCCGUUUGCCAGUGGCUCGCCCAUGGUGGUGACGCACCCUCACAGGAAGUUCACAGACGUGGAGGUCACACCUGGGCAGAUGUAUCAGUACCAAGUUCAAGCUGAAGCUGGAGCAGAACUGGGAGAAGCUUCACCUCCUCUGAUCCACAUCCAUGGAGCUCCUUACUGUGGAGAUGGGAAGGUGGCAGGGAGUCUGGGAGAAGAGUGUGAUGAUGGAGACCUCUUGAGUGGAGAUGGCUGCUCGAGAGCAUGUAAACUGGAGGCAGGCUUCAACUGUGUAGAGGAACCAAGCCUGUGCUACAUACAUGAGGGAGAUGGCAUCUGUGAGCCUUUUGAGAAGGAAACCAACAUCUUAGACUGUGGCCUCUAUACUCCCAAAGGAUUCUUGGAUCAGUGGGCUACCCAAGCUUACUCCUCACAUGAAAACAAGAAGAAAUGUCCUGUUUCCUUGGUAACUGGAGAACCUCAUUCCAUGAUUUGCACAUCAUACCACCCAGAUUUACCUGAACACCGUCCCCUUACUGGCUGGUUUCCCUGUGUCACCAGUGGGAAAAGACCUCAGGAUGAAGGAAGCAAACAGCCAGAAGGUAGCCUGGAGAGAGAAGAUGAGGUUUGGCUCAAAGUGUGUUUCAAUAGACCAGGAGUGGCCGCAGCAAUUUUCGUUUUCCUGAUGUCUGAUGGUCUGGCCCUUGGGGAACAUCAGCGGCCAACAGUGACCCUCCACUUGACUGAUGUCAGUGGAAAUAACCACUCUCUUGGAACCUAUGAACUGUCGUGCAAGCAUAACCCACUGUUUAUCAAUGUGACCCAUCACCCAAAUGUCCUUUUCCACCGUACCACCUCAGUGCUGCUGAAUUUCUCAUCCCCAUUGGUGGGCAUCUCAGCGGUGGCCCUAAGGACAUCCUCCCACAUCGGCCCUUCAGCUUCCAAUAACUGCAUCCCUGAGCAUGAGGGGCAGAAUCAUCAGGGACAGAGCUGUGUCCAUCGGCCUUGUGGGAAGCAGGGCAGCUGUGCACCAUUGCUGCUUGAUCACGCGGAUGUGGUGAACUGUACUUCUCGUGGCCCAGGUCACAUGAAGUGUGCUAUCAUCUGUGAAAGGGGGUUUGCCCUUCAGGCCAGCAGCGGGAAGUACCUCAGGCCCUUGCAGAAGGAAAUUCUGCUCACAUGUUCCUCUGGGCACUGGAACCGGGAAGUGAGCUGCUCUCCCAUUGACUGUGGCGUUCCUGAUCAGUCUUUGGUGAACUAUGCAACCUUCUCCUGCUUGGAGGGAACGAACUUUCUGAAACGCUGCUCAUUCACUUGUGUUCCACCAGCCAAACUUCAAGGACUGAGCCCAUGGCUGACCUGCCUUGAAGAUGGUCUCUGGUCCUUCCCGGAAGCCUACUGCAAGCUGGAGUGUGGCACGCCCCCGGUUAUCCCCAACGCCAAGUUGCUUCUGCCUCGCUGCCUCCAGGGCAACCACGACGUGGGCUCUGUCUGCAAAUACGAAUGCAAACCAGGCUACUAUGUGGUGGGAAGUGCGGAGAGUAAAGUCAGGAACAAGUUUCUGAAGAUACAGUGCCUGGAGAGUGGAAUCUGGGAGAAAGGCAGCUGCAUCCCAGUGGUGUGUGAGGCCCCUUCUCCUAUCUUUGAAGGCAUGUAUGAAUGUACCAAUGGCUUUCAGCUGGACAGCCAGUGUGUGCUCAACUGUGACCAGGAAAGUGAGAGGCUUCCCAUCCUCUGCACUAAGGAGGGACUGUGGACCCGGGAGUUUAAGCUGUGUGAGAACCUGCAAGGGGAAUGCCCACCACCUCCCUCAGAGCUGAAUUUCGUGGAGUACAAGUGUAAACAGGGAUACGGGAUUGGUGCAGUGUGUUCCCCAUUGUGUGUAAUUCCCCCCAGUGAUCCUGUAAUGCUACCUGAUAACGUCACUGCUGAUGCUCUGGAGCACUGGAUGGAGCCGGUCAAAGUUCAGAGCAUCGUGUGCACUGGGCGGCGGCGGUGGCACCCGGACCCCUUCCUGAUCCACUGCAUCCAGUCAUGUGAGCCUUUUCAAGCAGAUGGUUGGUGUGAUACUAUCAACAAUCGGGCCUACUGCCACUAUGAUGGGGGAGAUUGCUGCUCGUCCACACUGUCCUCCAAGAAGGUCAUUCCAUUUGCUGCUGACUGUGACUUGGAUGAAUGUUCCUGCCGAGACCCCAAGGCAGAAGAAAAUCAGUGACUGUGGGAUCUACCCAUUUCUCUGCUGCCCUGGAGACAGUAAGAGAGGCCUCCAUGGGAGGAAACAAAGUGAAUGAAGAAGAAAAAUCAUGAAAUGAAGAAAAGAGGAAGACAUGAAAGAUUUUUUAAGAAAAGCGAGAGGAUGUUAUAGGUGCCAACUAUUGUAUUAAGUGGCCUAAGUAGGGAAGAAUCAUGGGCAAAAGUUUCUUCAAAGUGGCAGUUGAUUAAAAGUAGAAGGAGAAAUAUGAUAGAUAUACAAGGACCCUCCUUCCUCACUUAUAUACUACUCAACCCCAUCCUCAAUGUUUGUCCUACUCGCAACUCUGCACCCUGCCAACUGUUUAGCCCCACCCAACUUGUAAACCAAUACCAAAAUACUAGAAGAGAAGUUUGCAGGGACACUCCAUUUAUACCCAUUUUGAAUGGAUUGCCAUCUUUUAAGGCUCAUCUAGUCUGAACUGGCUCUCUCCCUUUCUUUUGUGUAGUCUCCCAUAGUAAUAAUGAGGUUAGUUAUUCAUUCUUUUUAAGUAUUUAAACAUAAUUAUAUAAAUAUAUUAUAUAUUAUAUAUUUUGCUGUCUACUAAGCUAAUAAUUAUCCAUUGUUCCACACAUGCUGCUGUGAAGUUCAUGUUCAAAAUUAAUGCUGAGGGUUUGAGGACAGAAAGUCCUUUUUCCAUGUUUCUGUUGAUGGGGAUUGGCAUGCAGAGUGGGAAGAGGAAAAAGAGAGAGAAAGAUUAGGUGCUGUUCUUGAUGCUAACGUGUCAAGCUGACUAUAUUUUUAUGAGCUGGAAGCUGGACCUACUUUUAGGAUGUAGGGGUUGGAAUGAUAAUACUAAGAGGCUUGGAAAGUUGGGUGUGAAUACCCAUUGGUGAUGGGUCUAGGAGAAGUAUAUCAUGGUCUGGUUCUCAAGUAUCCACCCAGAAUACAUUAACUUCUUCCCACUUCUCUGAGCUCUCAAUUGGAGUCAGUGAGACCGAGGAUUUUCUCUGCUUCCAUAUUUGCCUAUUCCAGGUGUGGCUCUCAGCCAGCCAGCCAGUCAUAAGUUCGCAUUAGGGCUCAUUCUCUGAUCACCAAGAUCACAGGUAUUCCUUAUGCUUGGUCUGUGGUCUCAUUCCUUGUUACAAUUCCCCAGGCCUGGCCAUCAUUUGCAGCAACAUGACUCAUUGGUUUUCUGAAAGAAAGAAAGAUUAUAAAAAUGACAUAGGGGAAAGGUGGGAGUUGAUGAAAGAACAGGCAGGGACAGAGGACCCAAGGGAGAACACAGAGGACCCAAGGGAGGACUAAAUCAGGGCUGCGUACAAGAGGAUGAAAUGAGUCAAGGAGACUCAACCCCGGUUCCAAAGAAGAUCUAAGGAGAUCCUUUGUGCAGUGUAGAGAUUGAGGUAAAUUCCAUUCAAUUGUGAUAUGUAAAAUCUCUGACUUAGAGAUUUCAACUUGAGCAAGCUAUGGAAACACGUGGAGCAAGGGUGACACUCUGUGGGGAAAGAGAAGAAUUUCAACUAUUUAGGGUCCAUUUUGUUGUCUUUACCUUUUCUUAUUCAAUAGAUGGACUUUAAAUGAAAUGACUACAUCAAGCUGCCACUGUUUAUGUCCCAGGAUCACUAAUUUUCAUAUGACCCCUAUUGUAGUUAUGUGUUUUUGUAAUGGCUUCUGGAUUUGGUCUUGGGGAGAGAGAGAGAGAAGAGUUAAUUUCUGUUCAACACCCAAGUCUCAUCAUCUCAGGAAAGGCUGUCAGCCUUGUAUCCAUCAGUCUUUUUCUCCAAAGAAAGUCAAGAACUAGCAUAAAAUUAGAGCCCAACCUUGGUCUCUCCAGAUCAUCUGCUCUUUUCCUCUGACUACAGUUUUUCUACUCUUGUUUGCAAUCGCUUUGCAGAUAGGAAAAGGAAAUGUUACCCAACACUAUCUUGAACCAGACUUCAUGUAAAAAAGAACACUAUUCAGGAAUAGAAAAAACAAGGAGAAGAGGGAUAUACACAUCUGUGGCAAUGUGCAACGAGGGUGGCAAAGGCACUGGGGAAAGGAAAGAGCCAAGUUUUCUCAUCCAAAAACUCUAGUUUUAGCACCCAAAGGAAACAAUAGCCUGAAUAUGCCAUUCACAGAUUUCAUACUUAGUGCCCCAAAGAAGACAAUGAAUAUUUAUUUCUGGGACUCUGAUAUGGAAAGAACAGUGGAGAAGCUUAGAUUUUUCAUUUGAAAAAAAUAAAAAAAAAUAAUCCUAAACAUAAAAUUGUUUUCUUGGGAAAGAUAUACAGAUUCCUGGAAGAGCUUCAAGCUCUGCCUUGGCAAAUCCUGCCUUGUUUGAGGAUUGAGACAAAGGAAUAGUUAUCCUGGAUAUUGCCUAGCUCAGGGAAGGUUGUAGCCCCACACAUGAACAUGGAGCCCGUGGUUCAUACCAGUGUCUCACACACUCAGUCUCCCCUAGGAGUAACAGUGAGAACAUUUCUGUUCUGUAUUUUAUUUAAAAAAUUUUAUUCUCUGAUGGUGACAUCUGCAAUUCACCACUGCCUUGGAAAUGUGAGAGGACAUUUUCUGUGGUGUGUGAAAAGCCCCUCAGAAUGAAAGUUUCGCAGCCCUCAUCAGUUCCAGCCCUUCUGAGAUGGCAGGUGCACCUGGCCCUUGUUCCUGGGGCCGAGUGUUUUGAGCUCUGGCUGCUGCUUAGGUCGCUGAUGAAGUUACAGAUCCCCAGGGAACAUCAGUUCACACUGACUCCAUGUGGUUGUGCUGCUCUUACCCACUCAUGGGGUUACCGAUAGUCUCUCCCAGGGACUCUUCUGUCUGCUUUCUCCUGGCUUGCUUGUUCCAAAAUCACUUCUCCGCCUCUUCUUUUUUCCUAGUAACUAGGGGGAUCUGACACCCAGGUUGCACAGGGCUGGCUAACUCUGAUAACUAGCAUACCAGCCUCCAACCAGAGAGACACAGAGAGAAAGAACAGAAUGAGGAGAAUGGGCAGAUACCAAAAACUGUCCAUGAAAGUACUUUCUAUUCUUGAUUUCCUUCUUUUCUUUCCUCCAUUACAAGGCAUUGGACUUGGCAUUUCCCCUCUUCUAUGAGAUGGCUCUUGAGUGGUCAGUUAGCAUCCCAAGGGAAUGGCUUGAUUGGGAACAUAAUGAAAGGAGCUGAUCUACUGUAUUGUAAUGUAAAACAGCUACAACCGAUUAUUUUGGAAGAUUAUGAGAUGUUCAUUAAAAAA